AUGCAGCAUGUGUGUGCUGAUUUCCACGAGCAAAUGGUGGCGUGCAAGAUCCACAACGUCCAAGGUGCAUGCCCACGUUCUCGACCAAUUCUAGCUCCGCAGAUCGUCUCUGAUCGCGAAGCCCAAUGCCAUGAGUGUAUACCUCAAGGUCUGGCCAACAACUGUGAUUGGGUCUCUGAGGUUCACGUAUGACUUGCUGUUCUGCACUGCUUCGCCUGAUCGCAGAUUCUACCGUUGGCCGGAGAUGCACAAAGAUGCAUUUGAUUGUAAUCCAACAGAACGCAACCCUGACUUUGAAUCGCCUGACAGUCAUGAUCCAUGUAGAGCAUAUCCUCCACCAAACAGGAAAUGUGAUGUUUUCCGCUUCCGCUUGCGCAUGGCAACUGUGUCAACAUGGGUCCAAGCACAGCAGCCCAUGGCCUCGCAGGCUUCCACAUAUGACGCAGAAGCAGUGUUCACUGGAAUGCCUGUUGGUAAAGCCAUGCCGCCGCCACGUUUAUCCGUCAGCACUCGAUCGGGUGUAGCCACGCGACGGAAAGCCAAGGGUGGUCGCGAUAGCGGGCGGACAUCGAUUCUCAGAGCGCGCACCGUUCCAGGACAUUCCGUCUUUAGAUGCCAGUUGUUCAAGCAAGGUCGCUACGUACAAUCGCGCCGAGCAGAUGGAGAUGGGAUAUUGAUCAUGUUAGCCAGUGACGGGCGUGGCACCUUCACUUCCGAAAAUAGUGCCGGAAGGUGACAUGAGGAUGUCGCGUGGGCAGACGAGCUGCAACGGAGAAGACUUCCAGAAGAGGUGCUGCAGCGUCCGUGGCCAUCCGGAACGACACACAAGGUGUCAUCCCGAUGGAUUGGUCAUGACCGCUGCUCUCCGGGAAAAGUCUUGGUCUGCGAAUCUGCAGGUGGUAAGAAGCUGUUGCCGAGUAUCUAGCGUAGCAGGGAGCACGCCCGAUGGCUUGUGUGAUAGGGAGACAG